AUGCAGCGUAUUUUGUAUGAGGAAAAGGACAUUAACCCAUUAACACUGCGGCCUAUUCCGGAGGUCAUCGCAACUAUUCAACAAGCCAAUGGCUUCACACAAGAACUAUUACACGAGCUCAGUGAGCUCUCUAAGAUAUCCACGUGUUUCCAAAUAUUUCCCGUGACAUAUGAGACUGUCCUUCAAAUCACACAAACACUUCUUGUGUUGUUACAACAAUUUGGGAUAGGCCCACUGUAUGUCAAAAAGAUAUUCAUCACGUUAUCAAAUAUAUUUGUGACACUACCAAAGCAACUUCACGCUCCUGUCGUCGCACAAGAUGUUGUUUCCGCGGCAAUGUUUUUUGCGAAAAAGCGGCAACCCCUCUCCCUUCCCUUUGUACUUCUUUUCUUGACAAAUUUGAUUGGCGACGAGGAACAUGAAAUUCCCGUCGACAAAAUUUUUGAACUUGGCUUGGUCGAACUUUUGUCGCAAAUGAACGCCGAAGGGUUUAUAGACGAAGACACUGAAGACGCGUACGCAACUUGCUUUUGCAACAUUAUGAAGUCCCUCAACAAACGACAGAACGUCGAGUUUCUUCAACCGAUCAUUCCAUUGAAACUGUUAUACACAAAGAACGAACACGCACUUGCAGACACUUGUUGGGGGAUCAUGAUGUUCUGUAAAAACACACAACUUUUCGACAUCUUAAUUCGAAUGAAUGUCUUCCCCCGGUUGGUCGAAAUACUCGACGAACAACAUCCGCAGACGGAAUUGCCGAUAUUGAAAAUAUUUGAUAAUUUUGCGUACGAGGAUGAGAAGUUCUUUAAGUACUUUAUCCAAAUAGGAGUGUUGGAGAAGCUGAAAACACUAAUUCUAUCACCAAAGACGAACGAGUGUAUAUUGGAGCGGUGUACCUUCAUUGUGUCGAAUUUGUCUGUCACGCCCGAAUUUGUGCAGCUGUUGAUGGAAAACCAAAUCAUCACAAUACUCAUCGAUAAGUACUUUUUACAGAGCGAGAACGUGAAAACUGAAAUUCGGUGGACAGUCGUCAAUUUUUUGAUUGUUGCGGACGAUUUGAUGAUUUUUGAGUUGAUCAACAACGAGCGGAUUUUCUCGUUGUUUGCGGACUUUGAUGUGAAAGAUGAACGAAUAGUUCGGUUGUACCUCAGUGGGUUGUUGAAGAUCAUUCUAGUAGGUGAGAAGGGGGGUGUUGUAGAAAAGAUGAAAGAAGCCGGGUGUGCGGAGUGUGUUGCAAAUUACACGCAUCACCACGACGCAGAGAUCUCAAGAGUCGCCUUUGCCAUUUCGCGCACAUUCUUCGAUAAACAAAACGAGUAUGACGAACUCAAUUAA